AUGACUGGCUAUGGCUUGGAGAACACUAAGCAUCAGUGGGAUGCCAAAUCGGAAGGCGCCUGUGUGGGGCCCCAUCUCCGGGCAUCAGCGACCGCAUUUGCUUGUAACUGGCCCCUGCUUUUUCGCCUGACCGCCUGGAGCUGCAGAGUUGCAUCAGGGCCAGUGGACGUUAUUGGUUUCGGGUAUGCAGAUCUUUUGACGUUUAGAAGCAUCUUGGGAUAUAAACGAAAAGGGGGUGUUCCGUCUCUGAUUGCUGGCCUUGGCGUGGGGUUUCUAGCCGGCUAUGGAGCUUACCGUGUCUCCAACGACAGGCGAGACAUCAAACUGUCACUGUUUACAGCUUUCUUCCUCACCACCAUCAUGGGUGUGAGGUUUAAGAGAUCCAAGAAAAUAAUGCCAGCUGGACUGGUUGCAGGUUUAAGCCUCAUGAUGAUUCAGAGACUUGUCUUACUGCUGGUCUGAGAUGCCGAGAGGAAU